AUGGCCAAUUACUCGGCCCCCGUUGAGGGCAUCGCCGGGGGCUAUACAGGCAACAGCCUGGCUGUCCAGGCGGUGCUAGCUAGCUUGUUAGCCUGUGCGUUGUACAGCUCAAUCGAACUCAUUAUCCUCGUCUUUCUCACAUUUCACGUCUAUGGGGGACUGUACUUCUGGAGUCUACUCGUUUCGACCGGGCUUGGCAUCAUCCCGCAAGCCAUUGGACUGCUGUUGAAGUACUUCCAGCUGGCGCCGCUAUGGAUUCCAGUGACGCUCUCAACAUUUGGCUGGGCUGUCAUGGUCACCGGACAGUCUGUCGUACUAUAUUCGCGACUUCAUCUCAUCUUGUCGAAUCGAACUAUUCUCCGCUUCGUCCUCUACAUGAUCAUCUUCGACGCCAUCAUCCUGCAGAUUCCGCAGAUCGUCUUGUCUUAUGGUGCCGUCUACGGCGGGGUUCGAUUCGCAUAUGUCUAUAACAUUUGGGCCAAGGUUCAGCUCACGGGCUUCUUCGUGCAGGAGGUGAUCAUUUCGACGAUCUUCAUCGUGCAGACGUUUCGGCUGCUCUAUCUCUACCCACACCGGAGCAAGCGGAGGACAAAUAUCAUGGAGCAGCUACUGGCUAUCAACACAGCGAUUAUCUUGAUGGAUAUUUCGCUGUUAACCUUGGAAUAUUUGGACUUGUUUAUCUUGCAGACCUCGUUGAAGACCUUCUUCUAUACCGUCAAGUUGAAGCUGGAGUUUGCGGUGUUGUCGCGGCUGGUUUCGUUUGUACAUUAUGAUCCCGAGCUAGAAUCAGAAUGGCUUCUGGCGCCUCUAGUUCUUCCCUUCCCCGCACGAGACUUUUCCGCCGAUGGAGAAAAGACGUGGCGGAAAUGUCGGAAAUGUUGGCGGAAUUGCGGCAUGGAGGGCAUAUCUGCAUCAUGUCCAAUACAUCUUCCAAUCGGCAUUCUGGUCAAUGCCCUUUCUCCCAUUCCUUCGUCGCUCUCUUCCCCUAAUCGACUGAGCGCAUCGUCGCCCGCAACAUCCGUAGACAAGCUUGAUUCGGAACCUGCAGAGGAAACCAUUCACACGAUCAACCACCUUAUACAGGCUCGAGCCAAGGGACGUCAUGGCAACGAGCCUAUUGUCGCUUACCCAUCGUCGGGUACUGAGUACACAUACUACACCCCCAAACAGUUGGACACCCUGGUCAUCCCACAGCGACAGUCUUCAGACGAUCCCGUACAGGUUUACAUGAUCACCUUGCUGGCCAUUUCCCGUCUCGGUCACACCGUUCUUCUGCUAUCGACGCGCAUCGCCGAAGAUGCCUAUGUCAGCCUGAUCGAAAACACCAAGGCUGCCUUUCUCAUCACAUAUCCCAGCUUCCAGGCGGUAGGGGAGAGAGUGGCUUCACGGACAGCCAUUGUACAGCAGCCGGUAUUGACGAGUGAGAACUACGAUUUCCCCGGCGCAGACACCCUCUCCUUGCCGCCAACCCAGUUGGAAGGCAGCGUAGAGGCAAAGCACAUCUGCUGGAUUAUCCACUCAAGCGGCUCCACCGGCCAUCCGAAACCCAUCUAUCAGACGCACGCCGGAGCCUUGAAGAACUAUGCCAACAACUUCGGACUCCGGGGGUUCAUCACCCUACCGUUAUUUCACGCACACGGCAUCAGCUCUCUCUUCCGAGCCAUGCACUCACAGAAGUUGAUCUACCUUUACAAUGCGAAUCUGCCUCUGACAGCCCCGCAUCUACUGGCAACUCUCAAGGACCACCAAGAAAUUGAGAUCCUGUAUGCAGUCCCAUAUGCCCUGAAGUUGUUGUCCGAAUCCGACGAGGGCCUGCACAUGAUGGCCCGUCUGGAGCUGGUCAUGUUUGGAGGCUCGUCCUGCCCGAAACCCAUUGGAGAUAAAUUGGUACAGAACGGAGUGCGUCUGGUCUCCCACUACGGGACCACUGAGACCGGUCAACUGAUGACUUCCUUCCGCGAGCGGGAUGAUCUGGACUGGGACUAUGUUCGCCCGGGUCCAACCCUGUUGCCAUACUUGCGCUGGGAGGAACAGAUGUCGGGGAUUUACGAGCUGUGCGUCUUGGAAGGCUGGCCCUCUAAGGUCGCCAGCAACCGGCCCGACAACUCAUAUGCAACUAAGGAUCUCUUCGAGAAGCACCCGACUAAGCCCAACGCGUGGCGCUACUACGCCCGCUUGGAUGAUACCCUGGUUCUGGAGAACGGCGAGAAGGCAAAUCCACUCAUUAUCGAGGGCGUGGCACGUAAUGAUCCCAACGUUGCCGAAGCGAUUGCCUUUGGGGCCAACAAGCCUCGUCUCGGAUUGUUCCUCAUCCCAGCAACCAGUAGCCGGUGCCAGACAGAUGACCAGCUAAUUGAGGCGGUCUUCCCGGCCAUCGAGCGCUGCAAUGCGGAAUUGCCGGCUUAUGCCUAUAUCUCCCGGGAUAUGAUCCAUGUUCUGCCCGCAGAUGCGCCCUAUCGGAAGACGGACAAAGGCACGGUCAUUCGUGCCGCCUUUUAUCGCGAUUAUCAGGACCAAAUUGACCAGAUCUACGAGGCCGAGGAUGCGAGUGGUGACCAGGUACUGGAGGGGGCCGAGUUGGAAGCAUUCCUCCGUGAGCAGCUACUGGAGGUCGCUCCCGGUAUUGAUCCCUCUACCUUGGGUGCGACGACCGACAUCUUCAGUCUGGGCGUGGAUAGUCUUCAGUCGAUUCGAUUGCGUACGGCACUUCUCCGGACUCUCGACAUCGGAGGCCACAGGCUUUCCCAGAACUUCGUUUUCGAGUAUCCUUCGGUGCAGGCCAUGGCGGACGAGUUGACCCGCCUGCGACUAGGACAAGCCCCUAAAGAGCAGCGACCGGUCGAAGAGCGGAUGGCGGAUCUGAUUGAAAAGUACGGCAACCAUUUCAAGCCUCAUACUGCAGUGCCUCGCGAUGAAACCGGUGAACAUAUUGUUGUGACAGGUGCUACCGGCUCGCUAGGGGCCCAUAUUGUUGCCAAGUUAGCUCACAUGGAUCAUGUCAAGACCAUCUACUGCCUGGUUCGUGCGGAGUCCCGCGAAGCAGCCUUCCGUCGUGUUCGGCAGUCACUGCGCGCGCGUGGCCUGUCGUCUGUUCUGUCACCAGCUACUGAGCGCAAGGUUGUUGCUUUGCCAGCUGAUCUUGCCAAUCCGGAUCGACUGGGCCUCGAGGAAAGCCUAUAUAACAAACUGGUGCAGUCUGUGACGGCGGUGAUGCAUUGCGCUUGGUCCGUCAACUUCAACUGGGCGCUGGAAAGCUUCGAGUCCAGCUGCAUCGCGGGCACCCGGCAUCUUCUCGACCUCUGCUUGGAUGUUCAUGGACCCCAACCAGCACGGUUUGCCUUCUGCUCGUCGGUAAGCACCGUCGCCCGGACGCCAGGCAAUUGGGUGCCGGAAGCGCUGCCAGACAGUCUGGCCUGCGCCCAGGGCAUGGGAUAUGCGCAGUCCAAGCUAGUGACAGAGCACAUUGUGAACCGCGCCGCUCAUCAUGCAAGAAUGACCGCUCGGGUGUUGCGCGUGGGUCAGAUUAUCGCCGACAGUGUUCAUGGAAUCUGGAAUGCCACCGAGGCCAUCCCUAUGAUGUUCCAGACGGCCGAAACCAUCCAUGCGCUGCCGCAGCUCGAUGAUAUUCUCUCCUGGACGCCCGUCGAUGUUGUGGCGACCAGUGUGAUUGACUUGACCAUGGCUUCCGGAGCAGGCGAAGUGGUCAAUUUGACCAACCCGAUGCUGAACCACUGGACAAGAGACCUGCUUCCUCUCCUCAGACAAGCUGGAUUAGAAUUCGAGGAGCUCCCUCGGCGUGAAUGGCUGCAACGGUUGCGCGAGUCUAACCAGAAUCCCGAUGCCAACCCGCCCAUCAAGCUGCUCGAAUUCUUCACCAGCAAAUACGACCAUGAUCGGCCUAGUCGCGUACUCCUAUACGACACCAAGCAGGCCGUAGCUGGGGCCCCUGCUCUACGUGAAGCUAGAGGACUCACCCCUGAGUUGGUCAGCCGGUUCAUCCAACACUUCCGCACCCACUGCUGGUUUUCGUCUACGGGCGCAACCACCACCUCAGCGCCAGCACGCGAAGUCAUCUUCCUCACUGGACCAUGCGGAUGCGGCAAAAGCACAGCUGCGCAGGCUCUGGCACAGCGCUUCGAAAUCCCAGUAAUCGAAGGCGACAACCUGCAUUCGCCGGCUGCACGGGCAAAAAUGGCCAAGGGAAUUCCGCUGGAGGAUCGCGACCGGUGGGACUGGUUGGCGCAUAUCCGAGGGGCAGUAAUGGAUCGACUACAGCAGACCACCGCACCGGCUGUUGCUGUGACCUGCUCCGCGCUGCGCACUGUAUACCGCGAUGAAUUGCGGCAGCUGUCUCAGCUGCUGGAUUUCCCUGUCACGGUCACCUUUCUGCUUUUGUCUGUCCCCGAUCGGGAGACAUUGAAGAAGCGGAUGGUUCAACGGUUGGCGAAGGAGGAGCACUACAUGCGCUCGACGAUGGUGGAUUCCCAGCUGGAUAUCUUGGAGGAGCCAACGCUGUCGGAGGGCGAUGUCAUCAUUGUGAACGCGGGUCAGGACAAGGCACAGAUGCUGCAGCAGGUGGAGGAAACUGUACGGGUAUUGUUGAAGGCAUAG